AUGGCAAACAAGAACAUUCGUCGUCGGUCCGCUUCCCAGAAGCCCAGGCGGAAGGCCCUGGUCAUUGGUAUCAACUAUGAUACCAAGGGCUCCGACGACACCUCUGGCUACAGCGCUCUCCAUGGUCCCCGCAGCGAUGCGAUCUCAUUCGCCAACCUCCUUAUCAACAAAUACAACUAUAAGAGAGAGGAUGUGGUGAUCAUGUUAGACGGCCAGGGUCCGGAGUUGAGCCAUCUCGCCCCGACGAGGCGCAACAUGUUGCGCGAGAUCAACAAUCUCGUUCGUGGUGCUCGUCGUGGGGACCGCUUUGUGUUCCUCUAUUCUGGACACUCUGACCAGAUUCCAUGUUUGGAACACAGCGAGGAAGAUGACUUGGACGAAGUCAUCCUUCCGAUGGACCAUGAAGGUUUGGAGAAGAAGGAGAAACUCAUUGUGGAUAAUGAUCUGCGUCGGCUGCUUGUUGAUCCCCUCCCUGCUGGCGCCCAUCUCACCGCUAUCUUUGACUCUUGUCACUCCGGUACUCUUUUGGAUCUUGACCACUAUGCGUGUAACAACGUGUAUCAUCCGUGGAUAUCUAAGGGGUUUCGGAGAGUGAAGACAAUGUGGAGGAAUAAUGUACGGCAGAAUGCGACUUUGCAUCAACAAUCGCUCAGUGCGACUAGCACCAAGCUACACAGCGACUCGCUAGCAUUCCCCAUCCUGAGUACUCUCUUCCCAAGCCGUACCUCUAGCAGCUCGAAAGAAGUCAAGAAGGCUGCGUCUGUCCGCCGUGUCUCGACAUCCCCUACCGCAUCUCCGGUAUUCCCACGUCGGCCACGGAGUUUAUCUGUCAAGAUGCUUGCCCGCGCAGCGACAUCUCUCGAGUUUGCCACUCCAAAGUCAUGCGCGCCUUCGGCUCCUCAAUCUGCAUCGGUGGCUUCGACAGGGUUGGCGUCACCCGUUGCGAUGAGCAACUCCGCUCUGACGAAGAAACAGUCGAAGACUGUCCUGGGCCGUCUGAAGACGACACUGAUGGACGAUCUCAUCCCGCGAUGCAUGUCUCCUGUGUCGACGAUGCGGACAUGCGAUGGCUUCUGCAAGCGCGAGCCAGCUGACAAGCCAUAUGUGAUAUCCCUCGCCGCGUGCACGGACCGGCAGCUCGAGUGGGAGGAUAGGAAGGGACAUACAAUGAUACAGGCGCUCGUUCACUACCUAGAGCAGAACCCGCAUACGACAAUCAAGGAUAUGAUAACAUACAUCAGCUAUCGUCGUUAUACCAUUUCGCGCAAGAUUCAUGACCUUGGGAGGAAGAAGCUCAACGAUCGGAAAAAGGCUCAGGCAGUCAACGCCAACAAAGCAGAGCUUGAUGGCGAGGAGCUGUGCUAUGAUCUUGUGAAUUUCAUGGAUCCUCAGCUUGGUAGUCAGGAGAAAUUGGAUAUGGACGCCGUCUUCACGCUCUGA